AAGAGGUCUGAACCAAGCACUUGCACAUCAGUCGAGUGUACCUACUUCAUCGCUCCAGUUACAACUCCAACUUGUUCGCCAUGAAUGUCCUGCAUUCCAGCAUUGUCAUCUGCCUAAUCCUAAGCGCCGUCGUCGCUGCUCAGGCUGGAAUCAUCGCCAGCCAUCCGGAUGAGCUGAUUGGUAGUCCUGCCCAGUACGAGUUCCACUACUCCGUCCACGACAGCCACACCGGCGAUGUUAAGGAUCAGUUCGAGCACCGACGUGGCGAGUACGUAACUGGUCGCUACUCCCUCGUGGAUCCCGAUGGUCACCGUCGCAUUGUGGACUACACCGCCGAUCCUCUGCUGGGCUUCAAUGCUCAGGUUCGUCGAGAACCGAUUUCUCGCUACUGAAAUGGGUUGCCACUGGAUGUGAUAAAGGACUUGCCUAAAUGACCCGAUUAAGAUUUGGCUACCUUAAUAAUAGGAACCAAUGGAAGGUUAUAGACUUGUAUUUUUAGAAUAAAUCUAAAGGCUGUUCAAUUCAA